AAAAAGGAGAGAAGAUCGGCGGGAAUAAUAUUUAUUCUUUUAUGUUAAAUGAUUAAUUAUAAUUAUUAUAAACAUUACUUAUGUGACAGCUAUGGACAUCAGAAGCUUCUUUGGCCCAACUGUUGGUACAAAAAAGCAAAAAGAUGAAAAGCCUGCAGCCAAGACGAGCAAGCAGCCGUCUAGAAAUGAAUCCAAGUCACGAGGCCGGAAACAGUCGGGACACAGAGACUCCAGCACCAACCAGGACAGACGGACCAGUGCGAGAAAGAAAAACAAAAAUAUGGUUAGUGAUGAUGAACCUGAGGCGGAUGUGGUCGUAACAAAGAUAGAGAAAAAGAAGAAGAGACAUCAGAGAGUUAUUGAUUCAGAUUCUGAUGAAGAACCUGUCAGUGUGAAGUCGAAGAAGAAAAAGAAGGACGUGGCAGUCCUUGUAUCUGAUUCAGAGGAAGAUGAAAGCAAAACUAAAAAACGUUCAUCUCUUGAAUCAUUUGUGAAAAUCACUCCCCCGAAACCGAAGACGAAAGCGAAGGAAAAGAGCCCUGAAAAGAAAACGUCUGUCAGUGUUGCUGAUUUCUUCGGUAGUGGAUGUGUCAAGAGAAUUGACAAGAAAGUUGUUGUGGGAAAAAGGAAAUUGUCAUCAGAAGAAAUUGAGAUUCAUGACGAUGAUGAUUUCACAAAAACUCUCUCCCAGCUUGAUCAGCAGUCAAAGAAGAAGGCUAAGAUCGAUGACAGUCCUGAGAAGCCUAUAGGUGAGAGAACACACUUUCUGCUUGACAAACCCAGUCUGUCUUCUAAGUUGGCUGGGAAGAUGAAAUAUCUAGUGGAAGAUACUCCAGAAAAACAGGACAAAUCGGACGUAAAAAAGCUUUCUCCACUGAAGAGGAGAUCACCAAGGAAAACACCAAUAAAACAUGAAGUAACAUUCACGCCUCACAAGAAAUCACCUUCCACGAAGAGUCCAGCUGACUUAGACACACCUGUACAGAAGAAACCUUCACCAAAGAAAACUAGUCCAAAUGAGUCUGGUACGCCUAGUUUAGAAAGAAGGACAAGUUACCGAAGUUACUUAACACGAGAGGGACCACGUGCUCUGGGCUCUAAGGAACUUCCACAAGGUGCUGACAACUGUUUGGAGGAUCUGACGUUUGUGAUAACGGGAGUUCUGGAGUCAUUAGAGAGAGACGAGGCAAAAAGUUUUGUCGAGAAGCAUGGCGGCAAAGUGACGACGUCGCUGAGCAAGAAAACCAAUUACCUUGUGGUUGGCCGAGACGCGGGGGAGAGCAAACUGGCUAAGGCCACUCAGUUCAAAACCAAACAGAUUGAUGAAGACGGGUUGAUAGAGCUUGUGAAAACUCUGCCCGGUAAGAAGUCCAAGUACGUGAUAAAAGCUGAACAAGAAAUGAAGGAAAGUUCCAAUGUAAAGAAUACCAAAAUGACUACAUUAAAAAAGAAACUUUCUGACAGUUUUUCCCAUGCAAAGGAAACUGACUUGAAUUCAAAUAGUAUAAAAUCUUCAAAAUCGGGAACCGACAUGAAAUCACCAGAUUCAGAAAGAACAGUCCAAUCGAAAUCUCCAGUUAAGUCUGGAGACGAAUCAGGAGACAGUUUAUUGUGGGUUGAUAAGUACAAACCUGCAAAUACAAACAAGAUCAUUGGUCAACAGGGAGACAAGAGCAACGCUAAGAAGCUUCUUCAUUGGUUAAAAUGUUGGCAUAAAAACAGAGCAGCUGGAACAAAACCUGCAGGUCGUUUCUUUGGAGGGGGAGGAAAGGACGAUGGGGGAGGGUACAAGGCUGCACUGCUGUCUGGUCCCCCCGGUAUAGGCAAGACGACCACGGCGACUCUAGUGUGUCAGGAAGCAGGUUUCUCGUACGUCGAACUGAAUGCGUCUGACACGAGGUCUAAACGCAAUCUACAGGAAGUGGUUGCGGAAUCACUGAACAACACCACACUGGUGGACUUCAUGGGUGGUGGUGAGAGUGGGCGGGAUGGCCGUCACCACUGUAUCAUCAUGGAUGAGGUGGAUGGGAUGGCGGGUAACGAGGACCGGGGCGGGCUCCAGGAGCUCGUGUCUCUCAUCAAGUCAUCCCGGAUCCCCAUCAUCUGUAUCUGUAACGACCGCAACAGCAUGAAGAUGAGGACCCUGUCAAACCACUGCUUCGACCUGCGCUUCUCUAAACCUCGUGUUGAGCAGAUCAAGGGAGCAAUGAUGUCGCUGGCAUAUAAAGAAGGUUUGACUAUUUCACCCCCUGCUCUGAAUGAGAUCAUUCUGGCAGCUAACCACGAUAUUAGACAGAUAAUUCACAACAUGUCUGUGUGGAGUGCCACCAACAAACGGCUGACGUACGAACAAGCGAAAUCCGACUCCGCGAAGGCACAGAAGGACACGAAGAUGGGUCCAUUUGAUGUUUGUCGUAAAGUGUUUGCCAGUGACGAGAGUUCGAAGAUGACGUUAAACGACAAGUCUGAUCUCUUCUUUCACGACUACAGUAUAGCUCCAUUGUUCGUGCAGGAGAACUACAUCUAUGUUAACCCGUUCGCAGCACGAGGGAACACUAGCAAGCAUCUGUCAUUGCUGGCGAGAACUGCUGAGAGUAUUUGUGACGGUGACCUCGCUGACAGACUCAUUCGUUCUGCCAGUAACUGGAAUCUGUUACCUACCCAGGCUAUGUUUGCGAGUGUGAUUCCCGGGCAGUACAUGUGUGGAGGUAUAUCACAGAUGGUGCAGUUUCCGAGCUGGCUGGGCAAGAACUCCACGCGGACAAAGAACGACCGCAUACUACAGGAACUGAGGGGUCACAUGUGUCUCAAGAUAUCUGGCAAUAAGACAAGUUUAAACCAGGACUACCUGCCGGCAAUGCGGUACACCUUGACGUAUCCUCUGGUGCAGCACGGCGCUGAUGGGGUGAAGGACGUCAUUGACCUCAUGGACAACUACGACAUCAUGAAGGACGACUUCGACAACAUCAUGGAGGUGUCGCGCUUCCCCAACAGUGAAGAUCCACUGGGCCGGCUCGAUACCAAGACGAAGGCAGCGUUUACGAGGACAUACAACAAGGAAGUACACUUGAUGCCGUACUCUAGUGGUAUGGUCGCCAAGAAGAAGCAAGGGAAAUCUGCUGCUGCUGCCGAAGCUGAUGUUGAUAUGGAGGAUGGCGGCGACCCGACCCUUGCCGUCGAGAGUGACGAUGACGAAGAUGACAAUGUCGAACUUGACACAAUGAUUAAGACUAAGAAGAAGCCGACUGGGAAAGGGAAGGAAGUGGUGUUACCGCAAAGUAAAAGUCGUAAAGGUCAAGGCAAAGGAAAAGGAAAGGGCAAAGGAAAAAGCUGAUGUCCGCAGAAUCUGCCUUGGACUUCAUAGGGCUUACAAUAUAUGUGUUUACACUGUGCUAUAUUUGUUAAUGUACAGUAUGCAAUAAAGAACAGUUCAACGUCAAAAGCUGUGAACUCUAUUAAUUGCGUGUAAACCAUUUACAGGCAGCAAGUUUCUUUAACUUUGACAUAGGGUUCGAUAAAUCUACAGGACCUCGAUCUCGGCUAAUGAAUGGUUGGUCUGGGCUAGUGGAAAUUAUCAACUGUAUUAGAUAGGGUACUAGUCAAAGCUUCUGUAAGGGCUCGUGACUUUCUCAAACAUUUGUCAAACACUGGCUUUGCCUUCGAGAAUGACCUGUGGUGUGGAUCACAUGACACACUUUAUGUUGACUAGUGAUGGUCUUGGGUUUCUGCAAGGUCCUUGGGAUCAUAGCUUCAGAAUUAUUCAAUGAUUAUUUUAAGACUAGCGUUUCAGAGAUAUUUUACAUUGCUCAUACAAAUGUGUUGAGUGCAUUGUUAAAUAAAACAUUUCAUCCUUUCCUUGUUCAUACCAGCCAACUUGCUCCAUACACUUUCAGGACUCAAAGAAUUGAAAAUUGUUGUAAACCUUGUAACGGCUAUGCAGAAUCAGCUUCAUGAAACACAUUUUGUUUUGGCACAACCCAUCAUGACUGUAAAUGUUCUCCAAAAGUUAAUAUGUUAAUGAAAAAUGUGUUGUGCAAAACUAAGAAACGUUUGUGAGCAAUGUGUAAGCAAUUGUUCUCUCAAUUUUUAGACUCUAGCUUUAAUCAUUGUUUAACUGCCAGUGUUAAAGGGACAGACCCUAGUUUCAACCUGUAAAAAUUAACACUACGUUUAGUUGAUCUACAAACCUGUAACACAUUUGGAUAAAGUUACAAUUGAGUGAAACAUGAGUCUGUGACUUUGAC